AUGUGCAUCGCGUCCUCGGGUGCCCCUACGCCCCCUGAGCCCACACCCCCUGCUGGCUCUUCCCUGCCCGCCCUUUUUGCGGCCCCUUGCGCUCCAUAUGCCGUCUCUCUCCGCCCUGCUGUGGCCUCUGUCGCGCCUACAGCAGCCUCCACCGCCCCCACUGGCUGUGCCAUGGCCCCCUCUCUUACUUCGGCUGCAGCCAUACCUUUUGUCCGUGUGGCCCUUGCUGUCCCUUCUCCUGCUGCAGUCACUCUCUCGCCUCCCCCUGCUACAACCGGGGCCGCGCUCUCCAUUGCCGCUGCCUUCGUUACACUCUUCCCCCUUGCAGCCGCUAUAGCCCUCUCCCUUGUCCCUGCCCCAACCGUGGCCCCGGCCGCCCCUGGUGCAGCCUCUGUGGCCUCACCUGCUGCGGUCUUUGCAGCCUCACCUUCUGCGGCCCCUGCAGCCCCACAUGCUGCAAUUCCUGCAGAUUCAACUGCUGCGGCCCCUGCAGCCUCCCCUUCCACCAGCCCUGCGGCCUCACCUGCUGCAAUCCCUGCAGCCUCACCUACUACAGUCCAUCCAGCCCCCCCUGCUGCAGUCCCUGCAGCUUUAAAUGCUGCUGUCCCUGCGGCCUCACCUACUGCUGUCCCUGUUGCCUCACCUGCUCCUUCCUCUGCGACCUCGGCUGCCCCUUCCCGUGCGACCUCUACUGCCCCUUCUUGUGCAGCUUGUGCUGCUCCCUCCCGUGCAGCCUCUGCUGUCCCUUCCCAAGCAGCCGUUGCUGCCCCUUCCCGUGCAGCCUUUGCUGCCCCUUCCUCCGCAGCCUCUGCGGCACCUGCAGCCCCACUUGCUGUAGUUCCUGCAGCCCCACCUGCAGCGGUCCCUGCAGCCUCACCUGCUGUGGUCCCUGCAGCCCUAACUGCUGUGAUCCCUGCAGCCUCACCUGCUGCGGUCCCUGCGGCCUCACCUGCUGCGGAGGGGGCAGACCAGUGGAAGGGGUGGGGGACUGCAGAGGGAGUGGCUGGGGGACAGAAAGGGAGAGGAAGUGGUGGCGGGUUGCAGGGGAGGUGGGGGAGCGGGGGUGAUGGAGCGGGAGGUGGGCAGGGUGGUGGAACCGAAGGUGGGGGGCUGGAACAGAAUUCAAAGGGAGGUGGGGGUGGGCAGGUGAAGCAAAGGGGUAAGGGAAAGGAGGAGGGCCAAGGAGGAGGGGCAAAGGGCAGAGGGCAAGGGGCGAAUAGCUGUUGA